AUGUUGAUUUAAAAUAUAUUUGUUGGUAAUCAGUAAAUAUCAAUUUAAAAAUUUAUGUUUUUACAAAUAUAAUUCAUCUUUUUGAGUCUGUGUUGUGCUACUUAAAUUUACCAAAAAACAUUUGAAACUGUAUAUAUGGAUUUUAGUUACAAUUUAGACUCAUCUAAACAACACUUGAUAUAAGUAAUUGAAAAGGAUUAAUAAUUAGUUGACAAUAAAAAAAUUCCCAGAUGACUAGUCUUGUCUUCCUUACUUAGAGAUUAAUUCAACCUUAAGUGAUGUUACUCAAACUCUUUAUGAUGAAUAAGGAUAUGCUACAAAAUCAAAAGUCUAAUAAAUAUAUGUUUAGAGUGAUUAGAUUCAAAUAGCAGUUUCUAAUAAAAAGUUAACUUUCAUACCUGAAUCUAAUCUUAGUAAAGUAAUAUUAUUCACAAUCACAAUUUUCGAUUCAGUAUUAAAUUCUCAAAAAUAUAAAAUAGCCUCCUGAAAAGUUAGUUUGUAAUUUUCCUACAUAUGGCUUAGAUUGCUAGUAAAAUAUGGAAGAAAUUGAAACAGAUACUUCAACUACUUUAAUUGUGCCUAAAUAUUCUUGGAACUAUGUAUAUUAUAUAUUGGAUAACUAUGAUUAUAAAGUAAAAUAAAAUAAAUAAUCUAGAUCCAAGCAGAAAGUGAUUGGGCAUCAUUUAUUAUAGCUCUAUUGCCAAUAGAUAAAGCAAAUAUAACUGUAUUACCUUCAUUUUAAUCUAAUUUAUUCUUACUCAACUCAAACGGGGAUAGCUAAGAAGUUAAAUUACAAAGAUAAACAGAUAUUUAAUCAUAUGUAUUUGCUGUAGGAAUUUACAACCUUGAUGAUGAUGCAGCUAUUACAUUAACAUUACAUUAAAAUUCUGAAGAUAAUGAAGAUUCAUUCCCUUUAUGGGCUAUCUUAACUAUAAUUGGAGUAUUUAUAUUAGGAAUUCUAAUUUCUAUUUUCAUCAUAUGUCAAAUUAGAAAAUAAGCUAAAGUGUAUGAGGAAUAGCCUAAAAUUUCAAUUGAAAUUUUAGAUAAAUAUAUGCCUAUAAAAUAAGUGCCAAAACAUUAACUUACUGAAACGUGUUGUGUCUGUUUAGUCUAAUUUUUAAAGAGAGAUUAAACAAGAGAGACUCCUUGUAAACAUUUCUUCCAUACAAAUUGUUUAAGAGAUUGGACUAAAAAGAAUACAACAUGUCCUGUAUGUCGUUAAGAAUUAGGAGAGGCAGAUAUAUAAAAAUAUUUAUGUUUGAGUUAAAUGACACAUAAGAAUGAAAUAGAUAAUUCUAAUUCUCAUUAAGGUGAGUUGCCUAAAAUACCUCUUACUCAACUUAGAAUUAGUGAUCAUGAUAUUAAUACAAGAGGUCUCAUUAUCAUAGAUAAUUCACCUUCUAAUUAACAUUCUCAUUCAGAUAGAUUGAGUCUAAAUUUGAUAGAGGAUUAAAUUGUUGAGCAUUGA